AUGGAAUCGGUCGUUCGUGCAAUAGGGCACGGUGUUUCGACUAUUACUGAAGGCGCCGUCCAUAGCAACAGUCUGAUCGAUAUCGCGACCGCUGUCGAAGGCGCAGUCCAUAGCGAGAGUCCGAUGAACAUUGCAGCCACUCACGAAGGCGUCGUGCACAGCGAGAGUCCGAUGGACAUUAAGACUACCACUGAAGGCGCGGUCCACAGCGAGAGUCCGAAGAACCUUGCGACCAUACUUGCAGACGACCCGCUUGGCGGGAAACCUAUGGACAUUGCGACACAACCUUAUCAUGGAGUCAUUAUGCGCCCAGCGGCUCUUGAUCGUACCGAGAUAUUUUGGGACAUUGCCAGAAGCGAGGGAUUCACAGACGCGUCGGCGCUCAGAGAUGUGCUACAGCGUUAUGGAUUUCGUCCGCCAUCGAAAACACGAUACGCUCAGAUCAUGGCAAGCGAAGUAGUCGAUACGAACGGUAAAGCAGCCGAUGCGAAGCGCAAAGUGGUCGACGCGAAAGGUAAAGCAGCCGACGUGACACGCAAAGCAUUCGGCGCGACUGGUAAAGCGAUUGACGCGCCAGGCAAAGCGGUCGACACGACAGGCAGGGUAUUCGACAAGACUGGCAAAGCAGCUGACUAUACGGGCAAAGCAGUUGACAAUACGGGCAAAGUGGGUGACGAGACAGGCAAAGCAGUCGACUCAACAGGAGAAGCGAUUGAUGCCAUGCUACUGGUGAAUAACCCGGCCGAUGUGAUGCGGGCGCUGGUGUCGCUUCACAUGUUUGAAGAUAUGAAAGAUGAAGCCAGCGUGCUGACAAGAGAAUUACUAUCACGCUUCAUGAGACGUCCGAUAGUGUUUUCUUGCAUGUGGAUGGCGUCAGGAUUGAGACCUGAAGCGGUUUUCAGAGCCUUCGGCUUUGAUUGGAACAAGUUGGACCGCAUAUCGCUGAUAUUUUUGGACGAAUUGAUGGAGUAUAUAGGUCUGUUCAAGGAAGUGCACCCGAGUACCUCCAGCGCUGAUGACACGGCGAAACUAUUGUUUGAUUUUAAAGAUGCGAAAGGACUGGAUGCUCAUCUCAAGGAGAUUGCCGAUCAACCUGGACAUGACGCCCUCGCUAGUUCGCUACAUGAUCUUUACCUCGAGGUUGAAGACUUCAACCCUCGCGCGAAAAGGGAGUAUUACGGGCCUGCCAUCAGAAGACAUUUAUCACAUGAAUCUACUCUCGUCGAUGACGACAAAUUCUGGAGUUUUGCCGGACUGAAAGGACCAAUAGACGUGAAGGCACUGAAAAAGUACUUGGAUCAUAACGCAGCCAAUGGUCAAAAGCGCAUUAGCGAACGUGAGAUCAUCAAAGCUUUGUUGUUGACUACAGGUCCGACCGAUGUGGUGCAGGCACUGUUAUCGCUUCAUGCCUCGAACCUAGGAAAACAGGAUGCAAUCGAGUUGUCGAAAAAACUGGUUUUACACUACUAUCGAGAACCAGGAGUAACAUCCCGCCUGUGGAUGGAGCUGGGAUUGGACCCCAAAAACAUAUACGACAUUCUCUCGUUUCGCUCUGCAAAGAUACAUGAAAUACUUCCGCGCCACGUGUAUGAGUGGUUCACGUACAUUGAGCUGUACAGAGCGGCGCACCCGAAGUCGGCUUUAGGCCCCGAAGAGGCAGCAAACCUUUUGGUUCGGAACGAUGGAACAAAAGGACUGGGCGCGUGGGUUACGCGCUUAAAAAAGUAUCGUACGUACACGGAUGUUGCUAACACGCUAAGCAAUAUUUACGAAAAAAGACGGACAAAGGAGGCUAACACGCUUCUUGCGAACACGGGGACGUAG